AUGCGCCGGUGUCCGUGGCUCCGGCUCAGUGAGGCUGUUGUCCUGCUCAGUUCACAGAGGAGGAGGAUAUGGUGGAGGACGUUUGGGGUGUGGAGGGACAGGGAGACCCAGCGAGGGGAGGCCCCUCCAGUGGCCCUGCUAAAGCAGCAGGAGGAGCUGGUUCCAAUGGCCCUAUUAAAACGAGAGACCGGCUGGGGCCUGUCUCCUCAGCAGGCCUGGGGCUUUCUUAGUUCUCAGGUGGCCUCUGACGGUGUCGCGAUGGGCGUGCUCCGGCAGCAGCAGCAGUUGUUAACCUGGAGGAGAGCUCCCGUGCUGGGGCCUUUUGCUGGCGAGUGUGACACAGCUCAUUCUGCAGAUGGCACCAGUGCACUCUCAGCUGCCCCUGACACCCCCAAAGGGCCUCAGAACUCGCAGCUGCUUCUGCUCGAGUUCACGUGUCAUGGACAUGUUUUCCUACGGUUUGACUGUUCAUUUUGGAAUAUUGGCUUGUCAGCCACUGCAGUCCUUGGAAAUAAUAAAAUCCUGUCUGCAUUUGCAGUUGGUGGUCCCAUAGUCGCGGUACCUGUGAAAUGUUUGGCGUCACCCACUGCCGUAACCCCUGUGGCCUCACCCAUUUGCAGUAAAGCAAGAGGCACCACCCCUGUUUCCAAACCCCUGGAAGAUAUUGAAGCCAGACCAGAUAUGCUGUUAUCAGACCUGAAGCUGGACAGGCUGGAAACCUUUCUAAGGAGGCUGAAUAACAAAGUUGGCGGGAUGCAAGAAACGGUGCUCACCGUCACCGGCAAAUCUGUGAAGGAGGUGAUGAAGCCGGAUGAUGACGAAACCUUUGCCAAAUUUUACCGCAGCGUGGAUUAUAAUGUGCCGAGAAGCCCUGUGGAGUUGGACGAGGACUUCGAUGUCAUUUUCGAUCCCUAUGCACCCAAAUUGACGUCUUCUGUGGCCGAGCACAAGCAGGCAGUCAAGCCCAAGUGCCAGGUUCAGGCCUCCAAAAACCCCCUGAAAAUGCUGGCGGCCAGAGAAGAUCUCCUUCAGGAAUACACUGAGCAGAGACUAAACAUUGCCUUCAUGGAGUCAAAGCGGAUGAAAGUAGAAAAGACCCGCCCAGUGUCUUCCAACUCCACCUUCUCAGAAGUCACCCUGGCGGGUUUAGCCAGUAAAGAAAACUUCAGCAGCGUCAGCCUGCGGAGCGUGAACCUGACGGAACAGAACUCUAACAACAGCGCCGUGCCCUACAAGAGGCUGAUGCUGCUGCAGAUUAAAGGAAGAAGACACGUGCAGACCAGGCUGGUAGAGCCUCAGGCCUCAGCGCUCAACAGCGGGGACUGCUUCCUCCUGCUCUCUCCCCACUGCUGCUUCCUGUGGGUAGGAGAGUUCGCAAACGUCAUAGAAAAGGCGAAGGCUUCAGAACUUGCAGCUUUAAUUCAGACAAAGAGGGAACUUGGUUGUAGAGCUACUUAUAUCCAAACCAUUGAAGAAGGAAUUAAUACACACACUCAUGCAGCCAAAGGCUUCUGGAAGCUUCUGGGCGGCCAAACCAGUUACCAGUCUGCUGGAGACCCAAAAGAAGAUGAACUCUGUGAAGCAGCCAUAAUAGAAACUAACUGCAUUUACCGCCUCAUGGAUGACAAACUUGUGCCUGAUGACGACUACUGGGGGAAAAUUCCAAAGUGUUCCCUUCUGCAGCCCACAGAGGUACUGGUGUUUGAUUUUGGUAGUGAAGUUUACGUGUGGCAUGGGAAAGAAGUCACGUUAGCACAAUGAAAAAUAGCAUUUCAGCUGGCAAAGCACUUAUGGAAUGGAACGUUUGACUAUGAGAACUGUGACAUCAAUCCGCUGGAUCCUGGAGAAUGCAAUCCGCUGAUCCCCAGAAAAGGACAGGGGCGGCCCGAGUGGGCGAUAUUUGGGAGACUUACUGAACACAAUGAGACGAUUUUGUUUAAAGAGAAGUUUCUGGAUUGGACGGAACUGAAGCGACCACAUGAGAAGAACCCUGGGGAGCUUGCCCAGCACAAGGAAGACCCCAGGGCUGACGUCAAGCCGUACGACAUGACGCGGAUGGUGUCCAUGCCCCAGACGACAGUGGGCACCAUUCUGGACGGGGUGAACGUCGGCCGUGGCUAUGGCCUGGUGGAAGGGCAGGACAGGAGGCAGUUUGAGAUCACCAGUGUCUCCGUGGAUGUCUGGCACAUCCUGGAAUUCGACUAUAGCAGGCUCCCCAAACAGAGCAUCGGGCAGUUCCACGAGGGGGACGCCUAUGUGGUCAAGUGGAAGUUCAUGGUGAGCACGGCAGGUUAGUGAGCGCUCGUGGUUUCUUCCAGUUGAAAGAGGCUGGCUGGCAGCCCUGCGGGAGCCAGCUUCCCCAGCACACCCUGUGUGCCCUCUGCUGUGUGCACACGUGCAGUGGGGCACUCCAGUCAUGCGUCCUUGAGAGCCACUAAGUAAACCACAGAGGGGGAAAAGAAGUCAGGCCGAAUCCCUAACAGCCUAGCCUUGCUGAGGCCGCUGAUGUUCACCUGUAGAAAUUGACUUGCACGUCAAGGCUUCCUGGCUCCCUCUCUCCCUUCCUGUCCCUGUCCCCAGAGCUGUUCUGGGAAAGCGAUGAUUGGCCUCUGAGUGAUAUUUCUCAUGUGCCUGUGUGCUGCUUCAAUUAAAGUCGUU